AUGGCGAUGGCCGUGAUGGUGGUGAUGGGAACCGUGAACGCGUUGGUGAUGGUGGGGGCGCUAGUGCUGGCGAUGGUGGGGGUAACCGUGAUGGCGAUGGUGGGGGUGCUUGCUCUGGCGGUGGUGGCGGUAACUGUACUGGCGGUGGUGAAGAUAAUUGUACUGGAGAUGGUGGGGGUGAUUGUACUGGAGAUGGUGCGGAUAAUUGUACUGGCAAUGGUGAGGAUAAUUGUACUGGAGAUGGUGGGGGUGAUUGCACUGGAGAUGGUGGGGGUGAUUGUACUGGAGAUGGUGGGGGUGAUUGUACUGGAGAUGGUGGGGGUGAUUGUACUGGAGAUGGUGGCGGUGAUUGUACUGGAGAUGGUGGGGGUGAUUGUACUGGAGAUGGUGGGGGUGAUUGUACUGGGGAUGGUGGGGGUGAUUGUACUGGGGAUGGUGGGGGUGAUUGUACUGGAGAUGGUGGGGGUGAUUGUACUGGAGAUGGUGGGGGUGAUUGUACUGGAGAUGGUGGGGGUGAUUGUACUGGGGAUGGUGCGGAUAAAUGUACUGGGGAUGGUGGGGGUGAUUGCGCCGGUAAUGGAAAUUGUAACUGCGAUGAAGGUCGCGUUGGCGGGGAUGGCGGGGCGGGGGGUGGAGAAGGUGGUGACGGUGGUGACGGUGGCCGUGGAGGUGGUACGGGUGGUGCUGGUGGUCGUGAUGGUGGUGGAGGUGGUAGUGGUGAUGGCGGGAAUGGUGGAGGUGAUGGCGGUUCCGGUGGGGGAAAUGGUGGCGCGGGUGGUGGUGAGGGUGAUGGCGGCGGCAGUGGCAGUGCUGGUGGCGAUGGUGGUGGUGAUGGCGAUGGAGGCUUUGGUGGUGGACUUGGAGGUCUCGGGGUUGGUGGUCGCCUAG